UCUACGUAAAAAAGCAGAGUUUAAAGUUGUCCACGUCUUGAGUAUUGUUGUCAAAACCAAAAUAAAGUUUUCUAGUACUUGACAAUGAAAAUUAGAUAAAAAAUAAUUUGCUGCUUUAUAUAAAUGUUUAAUUAAAAACCAAAUAAAUUGAAACAUGUCUUUAUGAAACGAGUGUUAUUGUAAAUAUAUAUUGUUGAGUAACAUAACCUUAAAUAUUGACAAAUUAUUUCGAUUUUUUAUUUCUCUACUACUCCAAUUUAAAAAAAAAUUCAAUUUUGAUUCAUACGAAAAUAUUGUACUAUCGUGAAAUUAAAAAUGCAAACAAAUACAAACGAAGAAAAUGUAUGGAAAGAACUGGCUGAAAUACCAGCUGAUCCUCCAAAAAUGAGAAACAAAUGUGAACAAUGCCGGCGUCCAAUAACUGUUUGUUGGUGUUCAGGUCUUCCAAAAACACGAAUAUUCACAGAAUCUAGAUUAAUAAUUUUGCAACAUCCAGCUGAAGAGAAAAGAAGUCUUCGAACAGUUCCCAUGUUAACAUUAGCUCUGGAGAAUGAAAAAUGUGUUACUUACAGAGGGAAAAAAUUCCCACAAGCAAAACAUACGGGUUUACAGGAAAUAUUAAAUGAUCCAAAUACUAUUUUAUUGUAUCCAACUUCAGAAGCAGUUGCAUUAGAAGAACUUACGCCGGUCGGGUUUAAUGAACAAAAACCUUACAAUGUAAUUUUAUUAGAUGGAACGUGGCCACAAGCUAAGGCAAUUUAUCACGCGAGUCCAGUUCUUUGUACACUACGAACUUGUAAAAUUGUUGGCGCUCCGUUAAGUCAAUAUGUCAUAAGAACUCAACCCACAGACAAUUGUUUAUCAACCCUUGAAACAGGAGCAAUUGCUCUAUCGAUUCUGGAGAAUAAAUCUUCCUUAAAGGAAGAAAUGCUUCGUCCCCUUCACCAUCUGUGCAGAUUUCAACUGGACAAGGGUGCUGUAAUUCAUCAUUCGAAAGAAGUGAUGUUACCAAAACAAAAUAAUUCUCACAAACAUUCGAAAAGAAAAGUCAAAGAACAAUUAUGAUUAAUUUUAAAUCAACUACUAAAAAUUAAUUAGAAAA